AUGUCGACUAAUUUGAAAAAAGAUCAAUUAAAUUUACAAUUAUCACAGGCAUAUCAAAAGCUGCAAGCAGAUCCAAGGGAUCUCGUCGUUCUCAGGGAGUUUCUUGACAUCAGGAUUCAAUUAGCUAACUUAUUGGAACACUGCCCGAACGAAACAUCAUCGUCAUCAGUCGAACAGGCAAACAACGAAGUAUCAAUUGAACAAUCAAAUAAUGAAGUAGUACCAAUCGAACCAUUAAGCCAAUCAUCAUCAAUGAAUAUGCCUGAACAAACAAAUAACAAUGGAAUCACCACUUAUUGGCAGCUAGGGAAGUUCCUAUUCGAAUGGCUUGGCUUUACACAACAGACACACAAUAAGUCGGACUAA